GUAGCAAAUUCCCUUUUGCAACGUGAGAAUCAUGUGUGUGCUGAGUUGGCUGUCUCUUGUCAACAAUGGCUGAGGAAAGUCGCUUUAUACAAGCUGCUGUGACACUACCGCGGAGCAAGCGAGCGGACAAACAUGCAGAAGGAGAAGGUGAUUUUAAUCCCAGUGAGCCUGGAGGUAUAAUGGACAACCUUCUCCACCUGCUCCCACUCGUGUGUCUGUAUGAUGGACAGGGCUCCACCUCCAAGAGAGUACGCUAUCUCAACGACCUAGCCAAGGUGAUUAAGAGUGUUGGUCAUGUGAUUGAACCAAACUACCCGGUCGAGAGAGUCAUUGAAUGUGUUCGUCUCUCGCUUGCCAGCAGUAUAAAGGAAGUUAGGGCUGGUGGAUUGCGGGUGUUGCGAUACCUCCUCACUUCAAAGGACGUGUUUGCUGUGAUGCUAAAGCAUCGGAUAGACCUGUUUGUUGCUAGGUCACUGGACGUCCCGGCCGACAGGGAGAUAGAGAGAUUACAGGCCAUGAGGUUCAUCAGACAAGCUAUCUCUGUGGCAGCGGACAUCUUCCCACGCUCACUGGCAGCCCCUCUUGUCUCUAUCCUCCUCUUUGACGUGGAGCCCCAGGACAACCUCACCUGGUCCUGCAUGGCCACUCUUUGUGAGCUCGCUCUGCACAACCCAGAAGUGGCCUCACAGUCAGGGGCUAUUCGAGCUUUGAUUCGUGGUCUGCUCAAGUGUGGUGCCUCUCGGAUCAGUGAAAGCGUCACACUCACACUCUCUCAUCUACUCAACUCUCAAGCAACUCGCAAGUUUAUCAGAUCUCAACUAGACAUUGAGACCCUCCUGGCACCCAUCACUGACCUCCACUAUCGCCACCUGAUUGAAGAGGACAAGUCGAGUCAGACUCAAGACAAUACUCACCGUGUCGAGGCCUCAAAGAUGGCGAUCGUAGCACUCCUCAAGACCUGGCCUGGAAUAUUCUCCCUCGGUAGCCCUAGCAACACUGGACUGCAGCCGCUACUCAACAUGCUCCCCCUGGCCACACCCACUGUACAGAAGGAGAUAUUGGACGUCCUGUACUCGGUCUUCCAAUUGAAAGUGCCCGAGUGGACAAAGAGUUUCAGCGAUGCUGUCACAAGCAUAGAUCCUGCUCAGCCCAAGGACGAGUGGAGUCUCUCUGAAGGGUUUGUAGCUGCAGAGGGCAAGGACCUGCUCCCCCCUAAGACCGUCGAUCGUACAGACCUUGUCAACUGUUACCAAGCACUCCUCCUGGCAACUCUCCUGGAGACAGGAUUGUUUGAUCACCUUGUUGAUGUGUGUCUGAGAGCUGAGCGACAUGUGGCUGUCAUGGCAACCAUCUUACUGGCCCAGCUAUUACACCAGACCAACACUAUCCUGCCCCCAGGCUACUCCAGUGACGCCCACUCACUACCAGACCUUAUCGCCUCUGCCAUCGACUUUGUGGAGGCACAGGACCAGCGACAUCGAGCCUCGGAGGUGAUCAGCUGUCUGGAUCGAGUCCACCAACUCAAGAAAGAGAGGGUGAAGCCAUCUUCACUCUAUCUCAAGCUCAUUCUGGAGCAGUCGGCGUACUUUUCUGCCAACAAGACCAAGGGAGACUCGGAACAGCAACACAUACCGUCCGACCUCGACGAGGCGACUGUGAACACUCUGAUCAAAGACACAAAUGUCCUAGGGACAAAGACAUACCAGAGCUGGGAUUGGACGCUUCUCCGCUCUCUCCUGCAGCACCCAAGCCUCAGACCAUCUCUCAUGCAGGAAGACAGUCUCUUUGCUAGGUUUAUCAAGCGAUUGUGUAACUUCUAUAUGCCCAGCAAGCACCUGUACAGUACCAUCAUCUAUAAUGAGAGCAAUACAAAGAGAUUCUCAUCUGUCGGACAGGAGGUGGUCAAGUUCCUGUGCCGAGUGGAGGAUAGCACGUCUGGUUUCCUGUUUGACCUUGUCUCUGACAUUGUGACUGAGCUGAGUCAGGUGACUGCGUCUAAACUGACAGCCGAUGUCUUCACGACCUCCAACGUAUCACACAAGCUCUCUAGAGAUUACUUCCUCUUCUUAGGCACCGUCUCCUUCCACAAACCCUCUCUACUGCGACAGUGCAAGGCUUAUGGAGCUCUCCUCGAUAUUUGUAACUACCCGAACCGAUCUGACCUCAUGCGUCUCAUGAUCACCACUCUCGACUUUGCCCACGACGUCCACUCGAGAGUGAUCCUCAACAAACUCCUCACUGCCACUCAUAAAGAGAUGAGGCUGUACUCCACUCAACACAUGAGGGUGCUACUCAGAGCUAAGAUGCCUUUCUUUAACAGCUGGGGCCUAGAGCUUCUACUGCCGCAGUUGUAUGAUACAGAUCGACAAGUUGCCAUGGAGGCAGUGGACAUUUUGGAUGAGGCGUGUGAAGAGGAGACAUUUCUAGAAGCCCUAGUGUUGGAGCAACCUCAACUCCUCCAUCUUGGAGAGAAGGGAGCAGCUCUUCUCACGAGGUUCUUCUCUGUCAAGAGGGGCUUCACACUCAUGUCUCGCUUGGGCUACCUACAGCUCACAUUAAACAACUGGUUUACGGAGUACAACCUUCUCUAUGUGUACAUCGUGGAAGAAAGGUUGGCCGAAACACUCACUUCCUUCAAACAGACUGAAGAGGGGGAGUUUGUACGGAGGAACAAUACAGCUGUCAUUUUCCCCAAAGCGUUUGUGCCAGUACACCUGUACGGGCAGUUGGUACAACAUGAAGAGGGGUGUGUCUCAAUAGAGAAAGAGAAUCACGUAUCAAGAUUUGCCCUAACCAUUCGGGCUGAGCCUGAAGAGAAGUGUUCCCCUGACGACAUAAUCAGUAAGAAGGCAGCCAUUUGGGCGUUGGGUCACAUUGGCUCUUCUCCCGGUGGUCUGCGACUAUUGCUGGAGGAGGAGAUUAUAGGGGACAUUGUGGAUCUGGCAGAGACUUGUCCUGUCUUAUCAAUCAGAGGGACAUGUUUCUACGCUCUGUGUCUCAUCUCGAAGACCCCCCAGGGUGCUACCGUCCUGCUCGAGGCAAACUGGACGACAGUUAGACACACUCUUGAAGAAAAAUGGCCGCUUGCAAUUGAUCCCAACCUGGACUUCUCCGAGGAGUCUGUUUUCACUCCGAUGGUCGAGUUGCCCCUCCCCCCGUAUGGGAACGCCCCCUGCAGAGUGGUCUCCUACAAAGACUUUUCUGGCGUCAAAACGACCACACUACCAGGCAAAGUGGCGGCAUUAGGUAAAGAAGCUGUUGACGAGGGAAGUGGUACGAAGUUUACCGUCGCUGAGAACUCAACUAGAGCAAGAGGUUCGGCAAUAGAACACGGAGUACUGCAAAAGAGUGCGAGUACAUCAACUGAUUUGAUCCUGGGUGAGCCACCUCGACAGAAGGGGGCCAUGAAGAGAUUGUCCCGGCGUCAGUUGGUGUCCGGAAGUGUUAUAAGAAGUGAGAAGAGAUCUCGGAACAAAAGCCGUCUUGUCAACGGGCAGAUGGUGAAGGGUCGUCCCUGCUCUCUCAAUGUGGAGGUGUUACUAGACUCACCUGACGAGAAGAGAAUAUUGUCCACCCCCAGCUCUCUGGGUCGCUCCAUAAGUAUCACCAACCCUAACGUGAAGCCAUUCCUGGGAGUGUGUCUACCUAUCGAUAUCUCAAGGCUCUUUGAGUACGAAGAACCAGAGUACAAAGGUUGUGUGACCCAAGUAAUCUCGGCUCCACUGCUUACCAACCAUGACCACAUACCAUCUCACGACCCCUACCACUGUUUGGAGUGCUCCAUCCCUCUCGUCAAGCCCUACCAUGGCAUCGGCAUGUCCAUCAGCUCCGAUAGUCUCUCCUCACACUUCUUGUAUGCCCCACCCUCUUUUCCUGGGGGGAACUCCCCUCAAACACCACGCUCACGAGCACACACCCUCGAUAACACCCUCUCAGCGACUGCAGCCAAACUACAAGCCCACCAUCGAUCCACCUCGGCUACACUACCCACAGAUACGUCUGUUGUCAAUGGAAAUCCGAACUCGGCCAAAAGCACUUUACCUCAAGAGAAGACAAUAGAAAAUGGUGAACGACAGGUGAGAAGCCAUACAAUAGAUACACUGGACCCUCGUCGUGUCAAUCAGACACCCUCUCCCCUCAUUCGUAUGAGGAGGAUCCAUGACAGCCAGGAAGAGGAGGAGCUUCGUGGCCAGAGCCUGGUGGACACUAGGAGGAAUACUUCGAAACCCGAGAGUGUAGGAACAGCAGCUGGCUCUCAGACCGGUACUAUCAAGGACCCAGAAAUCCUCAUCCAGAUCGUCAAGCCAAGUCUCUCUGAAGCGGAUCCCAGGGCGUCCCAAGGUCCCAUGUCCCCCUCUCCCUCUGCCGCAGACACCUCGAGUAACUCAUCUGGUGCCUCAGGGGGUGUGGUCGAUGAGGCCAGUCCCGAGGGGCGCUCUCGUCUGCAGCAUGCCGUCCUGGAGGUGGUGUAUGGGCUGAGCAGUGAUGUGAGUCACAAGAAGAACAUCCUUGGAAUGACUAUGAUCUGUCACAGGUUUCCCAGUGUGGUCCAAGACGUGUGUUUGUAUUCACAAGUAAUGGACAUGCUCUCGUCCUAUCACUACAACCUCCACACAAGGCGAUUCAUCGAGUCAAAGUUCGACAAGCUCUCUUUUGACCCUCUAUUUUCCGCUAAACCGCAACUGGACGAGGAAUUCUCUGAAGAUGACCUCAUCUCUUCCAACAGCAGCAGUCGUCGUACCAGCUUCAGUAGCCUCGACGCCAACUCCCAGACGUCCCUAACGAUCGGGGGCGACCCAGACCGACCCAUUAACCAUCUCUCCCACUCGCGGGCAUUUCGAAGACGGAGUAGCACGAGUGAUACGUCGAGGUUUAGAGAGAAAAUGCAGUUCUUGUCUCGAAGUGCAGAGAUACACGAACGAAUGAUGGUGGAAUCACCUAAAGAGAGUGAAGUCUCGAAAGCAGUCGGUAAUGAACAGUAUAACUCUAACGGCAACAACAAUAGCCCGGGGGUAGAUGAAGCUGAUGGAGCUUACCCCUCCCCUAUUAGUCUUGAGAGCCAUUCUGACCCCAGUCUGUCGUCAGUCAAAAAUAGCGAGGGUGAUGGUAGGAGUAAGAGCUGUGAGGAGCCUGCUAUACUGAAUACAGUGUACGACUUAUGAACCUCUGUAUAGGUACAUACUAGGAGUGAAUGAAUCGUGUGUGUGUGUGUGUACGUGUGCGUGCGGUGCUAAAAUUAUAUAUGUAACUCAAUUGCAAUUAUAAGUCACCAGGUCCUAAAUAAUUAUUGUACUAUAUCACUUUAAUUUGAUCAGUUUGACCAUGCUUUUAUGAAUUUUUGUCUCCAACUUUUUAUAUGAUCUAAUAGUUUAUGGUUUUAUAUUUUGAAGAAGUCACGACAGAAAAAUAUUUUUGUUGAGUUAAUUGCAAUGAGAUCGAGUUGUAUAAUAAAAUAUUAUAUCAUAA